AUGCGUUCUCUUCUAAGACCUCUGGUCUCGCUUCUCAGCUUCGUUGCUUACGUUCAGUGUGUAACAUUAUUCGUCUACCCCGGAAACUUAGACGAGACGGCCAGUGCGGACAACAACCAAGUUUACAAAGUUGGAGAUAGCAUCAACGUCAAAUGGAGGACUGAUGUUACGUCGUUGAGCUUGGGAGUCUCCCAGAUCCUUGCCAACGGAUCGGAAAUAAUGUACAUGAUCGAUUAUAAUACCACGGAUAGAAGCAGCCAUUGGGUAGCGGACUUUACGGCUCGAAAUGGAUUUAAGGAAGAUGCGAUGGAUGGUGCCGACUGUGUCUUCUGGUUCCAGUUGUUCAAACAGGAAGAUGUAAAGGGAGAGGAUCCUGUGGCCAUUUCACAAAUGUUCAAUGUCACUCUGAGAACCGACGACGACGACAUGUCUGACGGUACAGAUUCGGGAGGACUAUCCGCAGGAGCUGGUGCAGGAAUCGCUGUCGGAGCAAUCGCCGGUGCAUUAUUACUCGCAGGUCUCGGGUUUUUCUUCUGGAAGCGAUCGCGAAACGGCAACGACACUGCGGCGUAUCAGCAGACAACCGAGAACUAUGUUGAUCAGCAACCGAUUCAACAGCAGCAGGUUGCGUACCCUCAAAGCUACCAGCUCUCUUCAUCGCCUGCGAGCCAAGCUACGGCAAAACCAGAGUUAUCAAGCGAGGCGAGGGUUCACGAAGCACCAUAG